AUGGUGCCCAAGGCUGCUGCUGCUGUGCUAGCCGCUGCGUUUCCUGCCGCUUCGGCAGCGGCGGCAAGCAUCGACAAGAGGAUUGUCGGCGGAGUAAAUGUCGAGGGCAAAUCCGAUUUCUCAUACGUGGUUGCCGUCAACUCAGCCUCGGGCAUCUUUUGCGGCGGCAUCUUGAUAGGCCCGAAGACGGCCGUUACCGCUGCUCACUGCGUUGAAGGCGCCAAAUCCGUGAGGGCAGGUUCCCGGGACUCCGAGACGGGCGGAAUCGUGGUGGAAAUUGAAGAAAGCCACAUACACCCCGAUUUCGAUGAGGGUAAGCCGUGGGAGGGGACACCUGUUCUUCUCCACGAUAUUGCCGUCUUGAAAUUGAAAUUUCCAAUCCGGGAGAGCUCGUCAAUCAGCUAUGCGCGGUUGCCGGCCAACGGCUCAUAUCCCGUAGCCGGUUCCAAGGCGACAGCCGCAGGCUGGGGGUCGCAGGUCGUCCUCCGGGAUCGCGAUACCCCCCAACCUGCAGUUCACCUCGCCAAGGUUGAGCUCCAGAUUCACCACUGGAAUUUUUGUCGUUCACUGAACCGAGGUGCGAGCGAUGAUGGGGCUCAUCGAAUAUGCGCUGGCGGUGGUACACAAGGCAAGAACGUAUGCAAGUACGAUAGCGGUGGUCCGCUCCAGGCGGCAUCAGGAGAGGUUAUAGGUCUCAUGUCAUGGGUCAUACCAGACAAAAAGUCGACUCGCUGCAAGGAUAAGCCCGCCGUGUUUACUUCUCUCGGUUUCCCAUCGUUUCUCUCCUUCAUUGAGAAGCAUCGUGAGAAGACGAAUUCCAAGCCGAGCACGGUGUGGGAAUGGUCACCCGAGAUGCUGCAGGAACGGUGUGCCUAUUUUGACGAACUGGUCCUGUCCUUUGAGCUGUCUUCGGGCCCAGGAAGGAAUGUGAUAAAGAUUGACUUCCCCGGCGCGGGAGCUGAAGCACAUACUAUCUACACCGGCCCUGAUGCCGGCUCUUACAAAUGGCAACAUCUUAACAUGAACAAGACGUUCAGGUCUGCCGCGGUUGAGCCCAGUCUCCUUAGCAGGGUACGACUUUUGGCAGACCCUGGAGGAUGGAGAGUGGUAGGCAUGAAGUUCCGCGGCCGGUGUGACGGCUCAAACGUCUGGCUCCAAAACGACAAGUUCGCUUCUUUUGAUAAAACUUUGAGAAUCAAACCAGAUGGUACCGGCAGCUUGUGGGGGGGGUCAACGUAUAAAGUCUGGGAGGGCUCCUUGCCUUUGGAGGACUGGGCCCCAAAGCCGGCUUGUACUCAUUUGCAGCAAAUGCAGGCUACCCUUCGCAUUUCCGACGCGUAUUGGUCUGGAACGGACAACGACCUUUACUUGGUAGUCGGCGAAGCUCGUUACCUGCUUGCGCACCGUCCCUCUCGAGGGGAGGUAUUCACCGCGCUAGUUGACCUUGUGGAAUCUUACGGGUCGCCUAUCGUUGCUGUCGAGGAUGUGAAGCACAUCGCCGUUCACAGUCAGGGCCAGCAUGACCAGUUCUUGCCUCAGCUACUAACCAUAACUGGUCUUUGCCAUGGCCCGGCGAACACUCUGCUAGAAAUUAAGCACGAGGCGAAUGAAUGGGUCGCUGCCGGCGAUGACUUGUCAAUUGACAUAUCCCCCGACUUGUGGGAAAUGGUCAAAAGGAAGUGA